CCCACCUCAACUCAGAUUAUUUCUUGAAAACUUCUUAAAUUCAAAUUCAAUCAAUAGACUAAUAAGCGCUUAUUUCAAGAAUGUAGAAACGAACGUAUCCUAUGAAGCGUUUGAAAUGUUUGUAAAUGGAAGACCAAAAUGUGUAAUUUAUCCUAAUAAGCAUGACAUUGGAAAGCUUGUUCAGAAAAUUCAGUAA